UGAAUAAAUAUUAACUGAAGUUGUAAAAAUUACAAAGAUUGUACUCCGAAAUUACGAAUUUUUUGACCAAUUUUCGGAAUCGCGCAUUGAGUUUACAUUCUCAGCCGCAUUGGCGCUUUAUCCGAACUUUUACCUACAGAAAUGUGUGACCGCGCUUGCGCUCAAGAAAAAUACCUCAAAAAAGCCAGAAUAAAGAAUGUAAUACAGCACACUGAAAUGCAACGACCAGUCUGCAAAAGAAAUUCAAAUCGUUCGGUUGGGUAGCGGACGUUUUUAUUUUAUCCCAAAACAACAUUGUCGCAUUUGUCGCAUUUUAUUGAUUCGCAACGACGAGAAUCCUUGAUCAAGUCAAGUGUUAGUUAAAGCAAUUAGCUCAAUAUAUCAAACUUAUUUCACAUAUUUGGUUUAGUACUUUUAUUAGAAGACUUAAAUUGUUUUUGCGCGGGUGUAAGUGCACGUGUGUGUGUGUCUGUUUAUAAAGGAUUACGGGAAAAUUGAUACUCUUCGACGAGACGAUGUAUGUGUGCGUGGGAGUUAAAGGAAACACGAAAAGUUAUUAACAAAAUUAGAGUUCAACAAAUGAUGUAGAACAUAGUUUAAAUAAGGAAAAAGAAGAAGCCCAGCAGCCAGAUCGUCCCGGGGAUUCCCAGCCGGGAACAAGCAAACGCAAUCCACUAACCAGGAUGUCGUUCAAGCUCUUUCGCCGCGGAUCGGCGCGUUGCAUCGGUCUACUAUCGGCGUUCGUCACGAUCCUCCUCUGCCUCUACUACAUCUCCAUUGGGCAGCCCAAUCCGGCGCCCAUUUCCGAGACGGGUGCUCCUUCGGUGGCGAUACGAGGAUCACCAUUCAAUGCUUUAUCCGGUUUCAGUGUGGGAGGAGGCUCAUCCUCAAUGAUACAUCAACAGAAACAGCACACUGCGGUCGUCUCGAAUCAAAAGAGAUCCUCUGAAACAAAGGCGGUGGAAACAUCAGAGGCACCAGAACUGCAACCAGAGGAGGUGUACGCCAACAGCAAUUGGGGUGACAAGUGCUACGAACUGAUCCAGAGCAACACGAAUAUAACUGCCAGCGAGGAACACAGUAGGUUCGACUUUCAGCCGGAAUGGAUGCGCUCAAAGGAGUACUGGGAUCGUGGAUUCGAAGAGCGCUUUGAUGCGCAGAAAAAGGACAAACAGCGGCCACCACUGAAGAUCAUAGUGGUCCCGCACUCCCAUAAUGAUCCUGGAUGGUUAAAGACUUUCACUAACUACUUCCAGUCGGACUCGCGGCAGAUCCUCAACCUGCUGGUUACCAAGAUGCAGGAGUACACAGACAUGACCUUCAUUUGGUCGGAGAUCAGUUUCCUGCAACUGUGGUGGGAUCAGGCGCAUCCCACCAAACAACGAGCUCUGAAGCGACUGAUUGACGCUGGACGCAUUGAGAUCACCACCGGUGGAUGGGUGAUGACGGACGAGGCGAAUGUCCAUAUUUAUCCGAUGCUGGAUCAGCUUAUCGAAGGUCACCAGUGGCUGAAGAACAACCUGAAUGUGACACCAAAAGUAGGAUGGUCUAUAGAUCCAUUUGGUCAUGGCAGUACGGUGCCGUAUCUGCUAUCUGGAGCAAAUUUCGAGGGUACCAUCAUCCAGCGGAUUCACUACGCCUGGAAACAGUGGUUUGCCCGUCAGCAGUCGGGUGACUUCAUCUGGAAGCCGUAUUGGAGGAGUAGAAAUGGAAAGGAUAGUGAAACUGGCAGUCUGCUUACCCAUAACAUGCCUUUCGAUAUUUACUCGAUAAAGGGUUCCUGUGGCCCUCAUCCCUUUAUCUGCCUAAACUUUGACUUCCGCAAGAUUCCCGGAGAGUACACAGAGUACUCGGUGAAGGCUCAAUUCAUCACUGACGACAAUCUGGAGUCCAAAGCGCAGCUGCUGCUGGAACAAUAUUCCAGAACUGCCUCACUUUUUCCACACAACGUGGCUCUUAUCCCGGUGGGCGAUGACUUUCGGUACAACAAGGACCGUGAAGUGGAUCAGCAGUAUCAGAACUACAAGAAGCUUAUAGAUCACAUCAUGGCCAAUAAACGACUUUAUAACGCGGAUAUCCGAUUUGGCACUCCCAGUGACUACUUCGAGGCCAUCAAGGAGCGCAUGAAGGAUCGUACUCCUGGUUUUCCAAGCUUCAAGGGUGAUUUCUUUGUGUACUCAGAUAUUUUCUCGGAAGGCAGACCAGCUUACUGGUCGGGUUACUUUACAACACGUCCCUUCUAUAAACUGCUAAGCUCGGAGCUGGAGCACCAGCUGCGUUCCGCAGAGAUCGUCUUUACCCUGGCAUACAACACUGCUCGCCAGGCGAAGCGGGAGAAUGCGAUCAAGAUUUAUGAGAAGAACUACGAGCUGAUUAUUAAUGCCAGACGGAAUCUGGGACUCUUUCAGCAUCACGAUGCUAUCACUGGUACCUCAAAGGCAGCAGUGAUGCGGGAUUAUGCUAUGCGCCUGUUUGAGAGCACCCAGAACAUGGUUAAAAUGCAGGAGUCCUGCUUGGAGCUCCUUCUGCAGAAGGGACAGCCUCGAAACCAUGGCUUUCUACUCAGCGAAUUCGAGCGAGAUAACUUCAAUAAGCUUCCCAGAAAGAUGCCCAUUCAAAUGGCCAAUGGCGACGAUUCAACGCCCACUGUUUCGGCGGGCGAGGGAGGAGCUGGUGGCUCAGCUUCCACAGGAUCAGUGGGCAGCUUUGUCCUUUACAAUUCGUUGGCUCAGAAGCGGUUAGAAAUCGUUACGCUCCGUGUCCAGCAUCCCAAUGUAAAGAUACUUAACGAUAAGGGCGUGGAAUUGAAUCACAUUCAGAUCAAUCCGGUAUGGAAUAUCACGGAUACCUACGAACAGGGCUUGGGCACCUCUGUCUCUGGUACAGUGGGACGUAUUCGCACCUCGACCCGUCAAUUCGAAGUAAUGUUCGUGGCUGAACUGGAGCCUUUGUCUCUUACCACGUAUCGGGUCCAAGUAGACGAAGUUAACUUCAAGCGGAACAUAGCCACCAUCUACUGUGAGGACUGCACGGAAACGACGACAGCAGCUGUGAGUCCAGCGGAGGAAACCGAAGCCUUGCCAGCUCCUGUUUUCCAGGCACAUGGCAAGCCGGAGGGCGACAUUCAGUUGGAAAACCCCCACAUGCGUCUGCUGUUCGACGAGAAGAGCGGUUUCCUCAAGACCAUCACGCGCAAAAACCAAAAAAAGGAGCUACUCAAGCCUCUUCAGUGCAAUAUCAAGUUCGCCGCAUAUCGCAGUGCCCAGUUCCACUCGGGUGCUUAUCUUUUCAAAACCGAUCCCGAGCAAAGCGAGGCGGAGAAAGAAGUGCUUGAGGGCUACACUGAUAUGCGCAUCAUCAUCACCUCAGGUCCAAUAGCCAGUGACGUGACCGUCAUCUAUGGACCCUUUUUAGCUCACACAGUGCGAAUCUUCAACACGCGGACACACCUCGAUGCCGCAAUAUAUGUGGAAAACGAUAUAGACUUUGAGCCGCCACCCAAAAAUCGGGAGACUGAGCUGUUUAUGCGGCUGGUGACUAACAUCGAUAAUAUUGCUCAAGUGCCGCAGCAGCGGGAUCCGCUGAAGGAACCAUCAGAUACGGCAACCAUGCCCGAGUUGCCUGUCUUCUACAGUGAUCAGAAUGGCUUCCAGUAUCAUGAACGCAUCAAGGUACCGGCUAUCGGAAUCGAAGGCAAUUACUUUCCCAUCACUUCGGGCGCGUUUAUCCAAGACUCUCGACUACGUCUUACCCUGCUAACCACUCAUGCUCAAGGAGUGGCUAGUUAUGAGCCAGGCCAGCUGGAGGUCAUGCUGGACAGACGAACACUGUAUGACGAUUACCGUGGAAUGGGCGAAGGCGUCGUGGACAGCCGACUUACGCGCCACAAGUUCUGGCUGCUUGUAGAGGACCUACCUGGUGGUCAGCAUGUUACCCAGCCACCCAGUUACAAGGUUCUCAGCCAACAGGCCCAACAUCUGGCCAACAACCUGCGUUACCCGCCGAAUCUCUACUUCGUUAGCAGUCUGGAGCAACCAGAACUGACCGCCGCCCUGUUGCCUUUGGUUAGGCUUUUACCUAAAGGAGCGCUACCCUGCGACGUUCACCUGACUACCCUGCGUACCCUAUCCGAUCCGGAGCUGCAGCUGUUUCCGUCCGCCUCGGCGCUGCUAGUAUUGCAUCGUCAAGGCUUCGACUGCAGUGUUAGCGCUGGCAGGGAAUUAUCCAUGGAGUCAGUAUGUCCCCUAUCCAGCAAGGGAUUGGGCAACGUUCAGUUGGGUCGCCUUACACUACACACAAUCGAGGCAACCAGUUUGACGGGGACGGAGCAGAAACCGUCAAAGGAAAGCUUUCACAUACGGUCUCUGGCUGAAGUCAGUCUGGAACCCAUGGAGCUGCGAACCUUCAACCUUACAUUCCGCUCGGAGGUGUAAGGUCGUCACAGACUAUCUAGCGGAAAUAUUUACUAUAUUUAUUUGUGGUUUAGUUCUAAUAGUUAGUGGUAAACGCCAAGUGCAAAGUUUUCAGCUUUAUUUAGUUCUCGUCACGUCUACACUCUCUGUCUCCAACAGUUUUGAAAGUACAAAGCACACGACAUAGUUAUAAUCAUAAAACAGGGUGGUUAGGUUUUUUUUUUGUUGAUUCAUAUAGAAUGAAGGUUUAUGAAUAAUUCUAAGCAAAUUUGUCUUACUGAUUGAUCGCUGGUUUGCUAGGUUAAAGCUUAAGAAAAAAUGAGGCUAGUUUAAAAUCUUUAAGACCAAUUUGAUCCAAGUGAAAAUAUGCUUAGAGUUAGCCAUAGAUAAUUGUUAGAUUUGUAGAAUCCAUAGUUUAUUUUAAGUAUUAUUCGACCCACCCAAACAUAAACAAACCUACAUCAUGACUUAAUGCAAUAGGCCAAAACUAAGCAACUCGACUGCCCUGGGCAAUGCAUUCCGGUUAGCCAGUCCCUCAUUAUUAAAACAUUUGUGCAAUAAUCUUGAACUAAACCGCACUAUGGAAAUGAUAUAGCUUAGAUUAAGGACUAGCUUCAUUUUAGAUGGAAAUAUUUAGACAGAAAAUUAGAUAAAUUUUGGUUUUAGUUUGCGCGAUUGGCGUUCGCAUCGAUUUGUUUAGACUGAUUAGCCUAAAACGAUUGCAAAAUUGGCAUGUAUUAUUAAUCUCAAUUAAUCUGUAACCAAUCCUAGAUCUAAAUCUCAACUAACCAAAAUACAGAAAUAUCUCGAUUGUAAAAUCCCUAAAUAUAUAUACACAGCAAGUGUAUGUAGGAUAUAAGUUUUAAAUGAGCAACGUAGUGGGGUAGCAAAAAAAAGAUAUAAGCCAAAUAUUACAUUACAUUCACUAGCAAUAUUGUAAAUAGUCGAUUAGGAUUUCCAGGCACGGUAAAAAAUAGCUCUAAUAACCGAUAAAAACCACUUAGACCUAAGUCUCCCUCUCAGCUCUGGUAUACAUGACGUAUACGAGGGUCAUUCAAAUAGUUACUACUGACUACAGAAACAAAGCAUUCAAAGCAAACAAGACAUAAACUUUAGAACUUUAAAUCCAGAACGUAAGAGAAAAGCAAAGAUCAAUGGAUCACUUCUAACGGAUACAACUGUUUUGUGUAUUUAUUUAUAAAAACUUAUUCAUUAUAUCUAAUUUUAUGGAUACAAGGAAAUAAAGUAUUAAAUGAAACCAA